AGGUGGGAUUUAUGCAGGCUGCCAGAUGCUGGGUUGUAUUGGUGAUCUGGUACUGGCUGUUUGCUUGCGAAUUCCAUGUAAAUUGUGGGACACAUUAGAAUGCUGCAGCCACACAAUCUGCUCCAUUCCUGCUGCUGCCAUUUGCUAAUGGCAUAUCUUAUGCACAAAGACUGAGGCAUCCUCUGACAACAUCUGCAGCUGCCAGACUCAGCCACAGCCUGGCACGGUGGGAGAAAGGAGGCUUUCAGCAGGGGAAAUGUCAGCGGACAUGAAUCAGUGAAAAGGAAAAGGUCUUCUGACUAAGAAACUUCUUCUGUCUCCUCGCAGUGUUUAUCAUGGACAGCAAGGAAGAAAAGAAGGAGCGAAGACAAGGCUAUUUUGCAAGGCUGAAGAAGAAAAAACUAGCAAAACAGCAUCCAGAGUUCCCACCUACUAACUCACAUGCUGGCUCCACGUCUAACAAGGAUGGCACAUCAAAAGGGAUUCUGGGACAAGCUGCUGAGAAGGUUCCUGAUGAAGAAAAGAAGAAGAAGAGAGGACAAGGGAAGCAGCUUUGGCGCAGUGAGGUUAAAAGACACAGCGCAGGUGAAAUUCAAAAUAAUAAAAAUGAGAAGAAGGAGAAAAAAAUGGUUACAAAAAAGCCUGUGGGGACUGUGGAAUACAUAGCAUCAGGCACGGACACCUUAAACUGUAUAGCACUUAAAUUUAAUAUCACACCCAACAAACUUGUGGAAUUGAACAAGCUCUUCACUCACACCAUUGUGCCAGGACAGGUUCUUUAUGUACCGGUCUGUGAUCUUCAUUCAAAUUCAGGUGUUACAUCUCCAUUAUCAUCAGAUGCAGAGUAUGAUAAACUGCCUGAUGCAGAUUUGGCAAGGAAAGCCGCAAAACCGAUAGAAAGAGUCCUAUCAUCAACUUCAGAAGAGGAGGAGCCUGUUGUUGUGAAGUUUUUGAAAAUGAACUGUAGAUACAUCACGGACGGGAAGGGUGUUGUGGGUGGAGUCAUGAUAGUCACUCCCAACAAUGUGAUGUUCGAUCCCCACAAAUCGGAUCCACUGGUCAUUGAGAAUGGCUGCGAGGAGUAUGGUCUGAUUUGUCCUAUGGAAGAAGUUGUUUCUAUUGCACUUUAUAAUGACAUUUCACACAUGAAGAUUAAAGAUGCACUGCCGUCCGAUAUACCCAAGGAUCUUUGUCCUCUGUACAGGCCUGGGGAAUGGGAGGAUCUCUCAUCUGAAAAGGACAUCAAUCCGUUCAGCAAGUUCAAAUCUCUUAAUAAGGGGAAAAGACAGAAUGGCAUUAAGGAUGUAAGCACUGUAGAGCGAAAAAGGAGUGCUGACGUAGAAUUAACCACUGAAGAGCCAGAUACAAAUAAAUUACCGGAUAAUCUAUCAAAAGUACAGCUAAAUGUUAAUGACCAUUUCACAAAAGUGGCUAAUGAAUCUCUUGAAAUCACUGUGGACUCUGAAACCAAAAAAUCUGAUCAUUCUUCCAAUGAAGAAGACUUUAUAGAGUUGGUAGAUUCUUUAGCACAGCAGAAUGGAAAUGAUACCUGUGCAGGAUCAAAUGGAAGGAUGGUGGCUGCUUUCCCACAGGAGGAUUUGAAUUGUAAUGGGACAGUAGAAGUUGGUUUUUUUGGACAUAUUUCUGACUCUAUAGCUAGAAUAAAUAUUGAGGAUAUUGCAACUGAACAAUUGGCUGUCUUAGAAACCACCAAUGAAACCAAAAACAUAGAACUUUGCCUGAGUCCAACAAAAGGGGACUCCUCUUUUUCCUCAGAGGGUGGCACGUCAGACGUCUGUGUAAAAAUGAAAGAGAACAUUGGGGAAGCCAGUACAAAAAUGGAGAAAACUCCGCUACAAUCAGACCAUAUACCAGAGAGAUCUCCUGACCCUCUAUCGCCUUGCUCUUCAGAAGAAAGUAGCCAAAAAGAAGCUCAAGUGGAUAGUGAGUCCGAGUUAAAACUGUGGUUACUGAAGAGAAUGCAAGGACCAAUAGAAGAUAUGUUGCCAUCCAAAGAAGAAAAGAGCAAAAUUCCUCCUAUGUUCCUAUGCAUUAAAGUGGGUAAACCCAUGAGGAAGUCCUUUGCUGCCCAAAACACAACCAUAGUGCAACAAUAUAUACGAAAAAGAAAACAGCCUGAAUAUUGGUUUGCAGUUCCACAAGAGAGGGUGGAUCAUCUCUACACAUUUUUUGUCCAGUGGUCUCCAGAUGUAUAUGGGAAAGAUGCAAAAGAGCAAGGAUUUGUAGUUGUGGAGAAGGAUGAGCUGGACAUGAUUGACAACUUCUUUAGUGAACCCUCUACCAAAAGUUGGGAGAUAAUCACUGUAGAAGAGGCGAAGCGUCGGAAGAGUACCUGCAGUUACGAUGAUGAUGAGGAGGAGGAAGUGCUUGAGGAUUUUCUGCCUGACUUAAAGCAAAAGAGCAAGCUGUUGGAUGACAUGCAUAUUGAGAAGCUGGCACACCGCCUUCCUGCUAGGGUGCAAGGAUAUCCUUGGCAUCUGGUUUACAGUACACGCCAGCAUGGGACCAGCCUGAAGACCUUGUACAGGAACCUUGCUUCUCUGGACAGCCCAGUACUUCUGGUUAUCAAAGAUAUGGACAGCCAGGUAUUUGGGACAUAUGCAACCCAUCCCUUCAGACUGAGUGAUCAUUACUAUGGCACAGGGGAAACAUUCCUCUUCACAUUCAAUCCUGAUUUUAAGGCAUUCAAAUGGAGUGGGGAGAAUUCUUAUUUCAUAAAUGGAGAUAUCACUUCUUUGGAGCUUGGUGGUGGAGGAGGUCGAUUUGGCUUGUGGCUUGAUUCAGACUUGUAUCAUGGACGCAGUAACUCCUGUAGUACAUUUAAUAAUGACAUCCUAUCCAAGAAAGAAGAUUUUAUCAUCCAGGAUUUAGAAGUGUGGACCUUCCAAUAAAGGGAUCUCGUAUGAUACGGAAAGACACCUUUCGCAUUAGGUCAGGGAGAGGACAACAGGCAGCGCAUUGUUAAGAAAAACAUGCGUUCCACUUUCUAUUCCUGAACUUAGAAUAUUAUGCUCUUCAUGGUUGCACUGAAGAAUCCAUAUUUUUCCAAGAAUGCAAAGCUGUUAUGAACAAACCUGACUGCUACAAGCCAUUAAUGCAGGACUGGAAACAGAUGUGGUUAAAGGUUAUUAUUGAAGCCUUGUAUGAAAUGUUAAUGUCUCAGGACUGAGUAGUGGUAGUGAAAGUCUAAGAGAUAGAUCCUGCAAUAUGAUUCCUAAAAAGUAACUUGGUGAGGGGCUGCCUAUGUUUAUUAUGGAAUAAUUAUGAAAGCUGGAGGUCAACAUAAUUUCCAUUCAGGAAGAGGUGAAAAUGAUCAUUAGAGAGCAAUGGUAACAUUUUUUUUUUAACUUAUUGAACAAUAUUGCUGGCCUGCAAUUUCUAGACCUUCCUUCAUAGCACUUUUUUCAAGGAUUCUAGUUAGAAAAUACAUACACACAGAUAUUUACACUACCCAACAACCUUUUCUCCUUAAUAUUCGCUUUAUGGUAUAGUAAAUGUGAGGUGAGAGCGGAAGGAGAAAGCCUAGGAGAACAUGCCCUGUCUCCUCUCCUUUCGCCAUUCCAUUGAAAGCUGGAACUUGUUCUUGGUGACCAUUGUUAUUUAGUGGAGGUGCAUUCUAGACCAUGAUAUGAAGCUAUAGACAUUGCAUUGCUUUUAUAUGUAUAUCUGUUAGCCAAGAGAAUGUUGACCAAAAAAAAUAGUUGUGGAGAGAUGUGAUACUGGGCAGUUGACUUUAUUGUUCCAAGGAAGAGUAUUGUAUGGAGGAACGCAGGUCGUUUCUGAAAGCUGCUUUUAUUUUAUUUUUGUAAUUUUUAAUUUUUCUAAACAUUUUUGUUUUUGCCUUACGUCCAAUAGUAUAAUUUUAAUUGAUUUAUUAAACUGUUAUUACAUUUUCUCUGAGCGUAUUUUAUGUUAUACAUUAUAUGCCAGUUAGCAUAAUGUGACAUCCAUCUAAUUAUCCAACCUGCUGGGAAAAUCCUUGUAAUAAAGUGAAUUUCUGGAAAAACUGACUAAUUAUCAGUGCACAAAAUAAUUUGAAAUCCAUCUUUUGUGGUAGCAAAUAUGUAUAUUUCAUUAGAAAGCAGGUGCCACAACAAAAAGCAUGCAGAAGAGGAAAAAACUUGGAAUACACGGACUUAUUAUAUAUAGGAACGUUUUGAGCAGCAAUCAAUGCAUUAUUUACUCAGCACGGAGAAAAGAGAUUAUGCAUACAGUUUGGCCACACAGCAGUGAAAAGCAAAAUAGAAAGCAAAGUGAUGAACAUAUGAUUCAACUGUUAUGGCUUCAAGGUGUUUUCCACGUCAACCGUAUUUCAGACCCAUCCCAUCACCGCUGCAGAAUAACAUAUACAGGUUGAGUAUCCCUUAUCCAAAAUGCUUGGGACCAGAGGUAUUUUGGAUAUCGGAUUUUUCCGUAUUUUGGAAUAAUUGCAUAGCAUAAUGAGAUAUCAUGGUGAUGGGACCUAAAUCUAAGCACAGAAUGCAUUUGUUACAUAUACACCUUAUACACACAGGCUGAUGGUAAUUUUAGCCAAUAUUUUUUAUAACUUUGUGCAUUAAACAAAGUGUGUCUACAUUCACACAAUUCAUUUAUGUUUCAUAUACACCUUAUACACACAGCCUGAAGGUCAUUUAAUACAAUAUUUUUAAUAACUUUGUGUAUUAAACAAAGUUUGUGUACGUUGAGCCAUCAAAAAACAAAGGAUUCACUAUUUCACUCUCACUCAAAAAAGUCCGUAUUUCGGAAUAUUCCGUAUUUCGGAAUAUUUGGAUAUGGGAUACUCAACCUGUGUUAAUAUUUUUAAUGAAGCAGAAUUAUCUUUUUUUAUAUGUUUGUAUUUUCAAUAACUGUUAGACUGUGUGGAUACUAUACAGUGGAUAUAAAAAGUUUACAUACCUAUAUUGAAAUUUCCAGGUUUUGCAAUGUAAUGACUGAAAUUAAGAUUGAUCAUCAGUCAUUUUUCUCAUUUAAUGUGACCUUGCAAAACAGUCACAGUGUUUAGAAAAAAUAAACAAGUGAAAAUAAAAAAACCUACAAUACAUAAGUGUACACACCCUUAAAACUACUUUAUGGAUUCACUUUUUACUUUUAUUAUAGCAAUGUAUAGGUCUCCAUCAACUUCGCAAACCUGAACAUUUUAUUCUAUCCCACCUUUGCCUGUGAAAUAGUUCAAGGUCCAUCAUAUUGCUUGUGCAAUUCCACGUGUUUUUAAAUGGGAUUGGGGACCAGGCCAUUCCAAGACUGUAAUAUGUGUGUUUUGUUAUCUUGGAUGUUGAAACGUUCCUUCAUAUUCAAUGGAAGCCAUUUCUCAACACAGGUGUAAAAUAUUAAGAAACAAGAAAGUACUACAUAUUGUUUUUAUUUAUUUUACAUGUGCUUGUUGAUCAUUUGGAGGAAAAGUGAGCAAGAGGAGGAAUCUUUAUACAUAUUAGAACCCUCCUGCCUUUGACCUUGUGGGCUCUUGGUUUGCAUUAUUAUUUUUCUGUGUCGCCUUGGAUCUAUUGCCUUCUUUUGCAUUUGUAUUCUCAUCUGACUGGGCAGGUUUUAGGCUGAAAUCACGAUUUGCAGAUGUGCGCACUCUCUGGAAUAAAACGGGAUAUGAUCUCACAAUAGUCCCUUAGUCAUAGAUUUUUAAUUAUGGAAAGUUUCAAUCCCUCCAAAGAAAUUCGUAGCAAAUUCCCACGUCAGUAAGAUAUCACUUUUCAAUAUCCAAAUUCCGCCAACAAAACAGAGAUAGGGGGAUGUAUAGUGAAGUACAGUUUAUUCCAAAUGAAACCUCAACAUUCAUUUCAAUAAAAACAGAAUCCACCAAUUGCUAGGGCAAAUGUGCGUACCAAAUUUUGUGGGGUGUCAAGAAGUGUCCACCCUAUAGCGCAUAUGUGAUGUUACUCUGGUACCUCCCGGGAUGUCUGCACCUUUUCGUCACUGGCACGGCAACUUCUGUUCUCUCCCAGGUGGGAGCUGUUGCGGCAUCAUUGAGUUGGAGCGCUGGUUUGAAAUUAUUUUUUCUUGUUCAUUUAGGUUUUAGGCUCGCUACACAAUUGCCUGUGCAUAUCAGAAGUCACAUUGUGCCCCCUGCAACUGAACAAUAUUGUUUACUAUAUUGACAGUGAUGGCACCCGGUCACAUCCAGUCCAGUCCAAUAUCUUUCGAUUUCAAUGUAAACCCACAGGAAUGCACAUCAUUAGUGAUAUAGUGAAUACACACUAGACAAUGUGAACAAUAUAUAUCGUCAGAUCCGGCAGAUCAGACCGUAUAUCGGGUGCAUAUCGACAAGUUUAGACCCAGCCUUAGGCUGCUUGAUUGGGCAGACAUAGUUAACUUUUGCACCAGAGCUCCUUCCACCUUUAUACAUUAUAUUUUCACCUAUGGUGAUCUUACGUAUGGUGAUCUUUUCACCUUAUGUAGGGAGCAACCAGUUCUUGACAGACAGUGGCAUAUCUAUAUUUAUAAUGGAAGCCCAUGUGCACCACACACCCUGCAUAUAUGCCAGGGUGGUUCAUUAAUACCCCUUUCACACAUGAUUCAAAAACCCCGAUAUUUGCAUGUGAAUGCACAUUGACCCGUUUUUGUUUUUUUUUGCUUUGUGUGAAUGCAAACUACCCGAGAAAAAGUCCUGGGUCCCUGCCAUCUUACAACAUCAGUUGUAAGAUGGCAGGGCUGGCAGAAGCAUGGUUUAACAUUGAGGUGAGUAGUGUGUUCAGUUUCUACACCUUAAGGGCACAUAAGCAGCUGAAAUACAUUGCCAACUUGUUGAAGUGUACACUGAUAAAGUCAUGUCACGGAAACAGCUGUGGGUUUGGUGCACUGCCUUUGAUAACGGAAGGACAGACGUUCAAGAUAAACAACGAUCCAGCCAGCAAAGCACGUCCACCACAGAUGACAAUUUGUGCUGCAUUGAAGGUUUGAUUGAUUAAUUGAUUUCCAUCUCUUUGGACCAUUGAAGAAGCACCUGGGUGGAAGGCGAUUUGCAACCAAUGGUGAGGUUCAGCAAGCCGUCAUGUCCAGGCUUCAGUCGCUUGACACUGAUUGACAGUAUGGGGAAAAAUAAUCUGUACCAAGGCUAUGCUAUUGAUUAUACGUGUAUAUAUACAAGUUGAAUAAAAUUACGUAAUGAGAGUUCUUGUUGCCUUAUUUAUUGAACCACCCUUGUAGUUAUACUUAACUCUCUGCCAUCUGUGGAGCCCCACAUCGGCUGGUGGCCUGGCGAUGUACAGCAGCAGAAAUCCUGAAAAAUGGUGUGGUGGACAUUUUCCCUGUGAUUUGUGCAUGGGCAGUAGAGAAAUACCUAGAAAUAAAGCGCGGGUGUAAAUUUCCUGGAGACAUGCACAUACGCUGUAGACUGCCACUAAGCCAGAGUCUGUUGCACUGCCAGAGAGGAGAGGAACCUUAUGGAGUCUACACACGGCCCUCUGCUCUCUUAAAUGCCCCUGCUGACAGAAUUUUAGUCUUCAUGGUAUCUACCCUGAUGUGUUUUCUAAUUGUCCUGUAAUCCGCUUUGGAGUGAAGUCCUGAUGUCCCUGUUGGAUAUCAGGACCAUAGUUUCUCCACUGACUGCUGAUAGUCUUCAUAUUGUUCACAAUGUACAUAUAAUGCCAGUGAAGUUCUAUUCUACGCUGCUCAUGAUUGGUAUCUUUCAACAAUGAGCUACAGAUCCUCAGAUUUAAAAAAAAAAUCCCCUUGUAGACUACGGUUUUGUCAAUAUGAUACAGCCAAGGGAACUGUACACUGUGCCAGUGUUUUCAUAACUGAGUUAUCGUCAUACUGCGCACCUGCUUUGAUCGCAUUGCGCAUGCACAAAGGUAUCUGCGAUUGUGUUCGCAAUGAGAAUUCAGUCACAAAGUGUUUGACAGGAAGUGACCAUUUGGUGGUGAUAACAUGGUGUUAGCGGGGAGUGGUAAAAACGCGGGCAUGUCAUGGUGCCUGCGUGACUACGGCCGUGUCUAGUCUGUGCAGCCAUAGACCGACUCAAAGUCAAUGUUUAACGUUCUUGUGUAUAGGCUGCGUAUGUGUAUGAAAAUUGCGAAUGAGUUGCGUUCGCUCUGGUGGGCAUCUAUUUUAAUUUCUGGGCUCCGUUUACUUGCUAACAUUAGCAGUUGCGUAGCGUAGAAAAUUGCAGUUGCAUUAGCGUACAACUCUGAAUUAGCCCCAAUGACUUUUAUUUUUGGCAGGAGUAUGCAAAUUACCUUCGAGCAUUAUUUUUAAUGUGUUUUGUUUACGCUGCACACUGUUACAGCACUGUUAUCAAUGGAUUUGUGUAUUUAUACAACCAGGGUAUUUAUACGUUUUGAAUUUAAUUUAUUUUUUACUGGAAAUUUAUGUAUUUGUAUUUUCAAUCGCAGUUUGUUCUUACAAGGUCAUGAAGGUCAUGUAAAAGUAUGAAAAGUUCUAACAUGAUAUGACCUAUUUUGAUUGAAGCAUAGUUCCCAAGUGCCACAGUGUACAGUCUUCAUUUGAGGGCUUGGACCCACCUUCCCAACCUGGACUUCAUCUUCCUGAUAGGUCAGGACUUGGGGAGGUAUAUCCUUAACUGGUGUGAAAGGAAAGAAUAGGGGUGUGAUCCAGCAUAUCAGAAACAUUGGCCACACCUUGUUGCCCUCUUAUGGUGCACUGUAUUGUCCAGAUUCAUCAUGACAUGUUUGGUAUCUGUCCGGGUUUACAUGACUUUUUAUAUCCACUGCACAUCCAUAAUCAAAGCAUGAUGUUAUCUCCUCACCUGUUUUGGGAGCUAUGCUGAACCUGUGUGCUUUAUUUAACUGGAUCCUAAAUGUCUGUAGGAUGUCUUUGGUAAUGCUUCUUCCACUCCUUCGCUUUGUAUAAUUAUAAUUUUCUAGCACAUUAUUUAACAUUCUAGUUAAUUAGGGAAACUGGAACUGGUGUCAGGGAUUUGGUGUAAACUACAGCAUAUGACACAUUGAUAGAGGUCACCAGAGGAUUGGGAUUAUAAAGUAGUGUGUUUUACUAAUACCAGGUAGGUGGGCAAUGGAGAUAUUACAUUUAAGGCUGAAAAGUUCUAGGCAAACGUUCUCAUUCUACACUAAAGGCCUAAUUCAGAGUUGAUCGCAGCAGCAAAUUUGUUAGCAGUUGGGCAAAACCACGGCCCUCAUUCCGAGUUGAUCGCACCAAGUAACUUUUUGCUGCUGGUGCAAUCAACUAAUCUCCGCCUAUGGGGGAGUGUAUUUUAGCAUAGCAGGGCUGCGAUCGCUUGUGCAGCCCUGCUAUGCUAAAAAAGUUUCUCACAAAUCCAGACCAGCCCUGGACAUACUUACCCUGUGCGACGGAUCCAGUGAUGAUGGGCUCGGCUUUGACGUCAGACAUCCGCCCUCUGUUCACUUGGACACGCCUGCGUUUUUCUUACCACUCCCCGAAAACGGCCUCGAACGGUCAGUUGACGCCCCGAAACACCUUCCUUCAGUCAAUCUUUUUGCAGUCGCCGCUGCAACCGAUAUCUCCGUUGUCAGCAUCUUUGCCCGGCGACAGCCGACGCGCAUGCGCAUUCCAAACCCGAUCGCACCGCUGCGAGGAAGUGCAUUGUGCGAUCAGGUUGGAAUGAGGGCCCAUGUGCACUGCAGGAGGGGCAGAUGUAACAUGUACAGAGAGAGUUAGAUUUGGGUGGGGUGUGUUCAAACUGAAAUCUUAAUUGCAGUGUAAAAAUAAAGCAGCCAGUAUUUACCCUGCACAGAAACAAUAUAAUCCACCCAAAUCUAACUCACUCUGCACAUGUUAUAUCUGCCUCCCCUGCAGUGCACAUGGUGGGUAAUUCCAAGUUGAUCGCAGCAGGAAAUUUUUUAGCAGUUGGGCAAAACCAUGUGCACUGCAGCGGAGGCAGAUAUAACAUGUGCAGAGAGAGAUAGAUUUGGGUGUGGUGUGUUUAAUCUGCAAUCUAAAUUGCAGUGUAAAAAUAAAGCAGCCAGUAUUUACCCUGCACAGAAACAAAAUAACCCACCCAAAUCUAACUCUCUCUGCAAAUGUUAUAUCUGCCUCCCCUGCAGUGCACAUGGUUUUGCCCAACUGCUAAAAAAUUUCCUGCUGCGAUCAACUUGGAAUUACCCCCAUGGUUUUGCCCAUCUGCUAACAAAUUUGCUGCUGCGAUCAACUCUGAAUUACCCCCUUAAUGUAAUAAUAGAGAAAAUUUGUAUAAAACAAAGGCCCACAUUCCGAGGUGUUUGCUCGCUAGCUGCUUUAGCAGCAUUGCAAAUGCUAGGCCGCCGCCCUCUGGGAGUGUAUCUUAGCUUAGCAGAAUUGCUAACGAAAGGUUAGCAGUUCUGCUAUUAAAUAUUUCCCUGCAGUUUCUGAGUAGCUCCAGACCUACUCCUAGAUUGCGAUCACUUCAAACUGUUUGGUACCUGGUUUGACGUCACAAACACGCCCUGCGUUCGGCCAGCCACUCCCCCGUUUCCCCAGUCACUCCUGCGUUUUUGGCUGGCACGCCUGCAUUUUUUAGCACACUCCCGGAAAACGCUGAGUUACCGCCCAGAAACACCCACUUCCUGUCAAUCGCUCACCGAUCAGCAGAGCGACUGAAAAGCGCCGCUCGGCCCUGUGUAAAAUUGCAUAGUUUUGUGUGAAAGUACUUAGCGCGUGCGCCCUGCAGCCCAUACGCAUGCACAGAACUGGCGGUUUUUAGCCUGAUCGCAAUUCUGCUAAAAACGGCAGUGAGCGAACAACUCAGAAUGACCCCCAAAAUGUAGCUUAUACAUGUAUCCAGAGUUUAAUUGUAACAUUUCUGUUCUUUGCCAUCCUAGCACACCAUAACUCUUGUUCCAUGUUAGCUACAAAUAUUAUUUCUAAAUACAUGAGUAGCACCCCACAUGACAGCAAAAUGCAAGAUUCAGAUAGAACACAAAGAUCAUAUAAUUUUAAAUUACUGUUUCUGUGGAUAUAUUUUAAUUUUGUUAACACGACACCUAUGGUUUGUCCAUUCUCUGACACUAUUUAAGCAUCUCUAAACAAUGUUCUUAAAAGCACUGAUCAUGUCUAGAAAAUGCAUUUAAUCUUUAAUAAGGUGUUAUUCCAAAUUGAGAUGUUAUGCAAACUUUGUUUACUGUUGCACAUAGAAAAUAGCAGUAAUAUUUUUGAUGUGUUUAUUCUUUGUACAGUCUACACAUGUUGCUGUUUAUUAUGGGUAUCUCAGUGCAUGGUUAUCUCCCAUACUUCACCAAUUAUUUGGCCAAAAUGUGCUUACAAUCACGACUGGGAUCAAAACCUAAAGGACUUUGCUUUUGUAUGGUAAUAUUUGCAACUUGUAUCUGCAAGGUUGAUGUUACUUCUAAAUAUACAGACGACACUGACAUUUGUAUCACUGGCAGCUCUGCUUCUUAAAUGAUCACUGGCACUACGGAAUGACUAAUAUGUAAUGCAAUGCUGCUAUAUUUUCAAUAAAGGAAUAUAAAGUAUA